AUCAUCUUCAAGUCGAAAGGAAAACAGACAAUAAUAACCUCAAGUCACCAUACAAGACCUGGUCAUGACUUGCAGUGGAUUAUAAUGGAUUUUGAUCACACACCUCAUGUCUUCCUUUUCAUAUUGGCUGAAUCUGCAUUGUAACAAUUUGGUGUUGACGCCGCCGCCGCCGUCGGAAAAGCGGCGCCUAUAGCCUCACUCUGCUAUGCAGUGAGAACUCGACAGCCAAGUUUUCCUCCGAAUUACACCAAACUUGUCCGCAUAGAACCAGACAUGGUGGCUCAGUGGCCUCAUGAACGGGAGAUCGUGGGUUCGAUCCUCGGCCGAGUCAUACCAAAGACUUAUAAAAAUGGGACCUUCUGCCUUCUUGCUACAAUGUAGGCGCUCAGCAUAUUUAGAUUGGAGAAGGGCAAACAACGUCCAACGAUGCUAAAUUACCUGGCUAUCAUCUGCGCUCUACCAGCCCUCCUGGUGGCAGUGCCCACGGGUGAGCUAUCGGACAUCGACGACGGCCUUCCCGACAUCGUUGACGACGAACCACUACCUACACCAACCGGUAUUCGAAACUUCAUUGGUGUGGGGUAUAACAUCAUUGAUGGAAACCCUGAAGGUGGUGAUAUUUACCUCGGUGGAGUGGAUCCAGGUUUGUUAGUGACAAGGCCAAUUCUUAAACUCACCUAUGAGGAUAACCAGCUCACGUCGGAUCGGCAGUACGUAGUCCCAGACCAGGUUGUAUUUUCUCCUCGGUCCAGCUGCGUUACAACCCAGACUCAGCAAACUUUCUACGGCACAGAGACCUAUGUUGAGAAAAUCUCGGUAGACGUGAAAGAAUCAGGUCGCGUUGGUUCAAUAUUCUCCAAACACAAGUUCUCAAAAAGUUCACGUUACGAUGAGGUCAACCGCGGUGUGGAGAAAAACCGUUACGUAUAUUACGAGGAUCGUACGGUUUGCAACAUGGGUCAAGCCCGGUAUCGCAGUGAGCUCGCCCUUUAUGAACAGUACCCACUUGAUAUUGGUUUUGUUUACUCCGCUUGUAAUCUCCCUUUGGCGUACGACGAACAAACUUACAUGCAGUUCAUUGACAGUUGGGGAACGCAUUUAGUAACAAAGGUUGACCUUGGUUCGAAGACAACCGUACGUUUUGCAGAGAGCCGAGAAGAUUUCGUCCAUUUCGCCCGAACUGAGGUUGAGGAAAGUGUGCAAUUUCGCACCAAAGCAAUCACCGGAUACCGUGGAGCAUUGAAGGUUAAUACAGAGAUCUUUGAGACUGGCCUGUCAACUGGACAAAAGUUUGGAAGUCAUAUCUCCAACUUCACCAGUGGGGGCGAUGAUCUACCAGAACCGAUCGCUGUGGAACUUAUUGGAAUGCAUGAGGUAUUCGACAAAGACUACUGGCAACAGUACUCAGACUACAUAAAGGGCAGGCUUUGUACAGUAGAAUGGAUGAGUAAUAGAGAUACUAUUCAACUCAAUAUGGAGAUGGCUCUAAAUAACUACGCAGACUGGAGAGGAGCGGAAGAGACAGUUGAUCCCGAAAUUAUCAUCCCGAUCGCCUGGCCGAAGGGUACCUACACUUUACCUAAACCAAUCAUUGGAUGUCCAAAUGCCCACUUCACAUGGGCCGAGGGAUGGCGCUUCCACGAUACAGAGGACGUAGCACCAGGCAAUUACUGGAGUAAUCCUUUCCAUUUGAGUGGUGGCUUCUGGAGUAACAACAUGGAAUGGUGGUUCUGCUCUAAGACCGUGGCGGAGAAGGAUAUCUUUAACUGGUCCUUCCAGCCCGGCCAGUACUGUGUGGCUAAGAAGGGAUCAUACUGUCCUAAUGGAAUGGAAGAAGGAGCCGUCUUUUGGGAUGAUGAGGACACUGGUAAUGAUAAUACUUUCGCUGGGGAUAUGCCUAGUGGUCAGUUUGAUCACAAUACCCUUAUUAAUUACUGCUGCCGUAACGAUGGUUUCACCAACAACCCUAUCUAUCUUCCCGUGGAUGAACCUUUCUUUCUUCACAAACUCACUCAUCAGUGUCAAGAAGUUGUUGGAAUGACGUACACGGAAGAGUACUUUCGAUGGGAUACCAAUGAUCAAGGUAAUGAUGACUGGGAUUAUGGCGCCCAUCCUUAUCCCGGUGACUAUGAUGGCAACAUCCUUCUUGAUUUCUGCUACUACGAACCCAUACCAGAUGAAGUGUGAAGGACUAUGGCGCCCAUCCUUAUCCCGGUGACUAUGAUGGCAACAUCCUUCUUGAUUUCUGCUACUACGAACCCAUACCAGAUGAAGUGUGAAGGAUUAUGGCGCCCAUCCUUAUCCCGGUGACUAUGAUGGCAACAUCCUUCUUGAUUUCUGCUACUACGAACCCAUACCAGAUGAAGUGUGAAGGAUUAUGGCGCCCAUCCUUAUCCCGGUGACUAUGAUGGCAACAUCCUUCUUGAUUUCUGCUACUACGAACCCAUACCAGAUGAAGUGUGAAGACCAGUACAGGAAAUCUAUGACCAUUAUUAUUGCAAUUAUUGAUCCCGUUAAAUAAACUCACAAAGGAAAUCAUUUAUGGAAGAUUAAAACUUUAAAACGCUGA